CCUUUUCCACCUUGGCCCCGCCCAUCUCCUGGCGCGUUGUAUCAGCGCAUGCGCAGUAUACCCGGAAGUGUCUGCCGUGGGCGCCGCCAUCUUUGUUCCCGGUCCCCCGGCCCGGCUCCAGCAUGUCGGAGACCUACGAUUUCCUCUUCAAGUUCCUGGUGAUCGGCAGCGCCGGCACCGGCAAAUCCUGCCUGCUGCACCACUUCAUCGAGAGCAAGUUCAAGCAGGAUUCCAACCACACCAUCGGGGUGGAAUUUGGCUCCAAAGUCGUCAACGUGGGCGGCAAAAGCGUCAAACUGCAGAUCUGGGACACGGCCGGCCAGGAACGCUUCAGGUCGGUGACGCGCAGUUAUUACCGCGGGGCCGCCGGGGCGCUGCUCGUCUAUGACAUCACCAGCCGGGAGACGUCCAACGCGCUGGCGCAGUGGCUGACGGACGCGCGGACCUUGGCCAGCCCCAACAUCGUCAUCAUCCUCUGCGGCAACAAGAAGGACCUGGAGGGGGAACGGGAGGUGACGUUCCUGGAGGCCUCGAGAUUCGCACAGGAAAACGGUGUGAAAAACGGGGAAAAUGGGAAAAAAUGGGGAAAACAGGGAAAAAUGGGGAAAAAAUGGGAAAAAAUGCAAAAAAAAUGGAAAAAAACUGAAAAAAAAAUGGGGAGAAAAUGGGGUAAAAGGGGUUUGGGAUCAUGGGAGGUGACAUUCCUGGAGGCCUCGAGAUUCGCACAGGAAAAUGAGCUGAUGUUCCUGGAGACGAGCGCGCUGACGGGCGAGAACGUGGAGGAGGCGUUCCUCAAGUGCGCCAGAACCAUCCUCAACAAGAUCGACUCCGGGGAGCUGGAUCCCGAGCGGAUGGGGUCGGGGAUCCAGUACGGGGACGCGUCGCUCCGGCAGCUCCGGCAGCCCCGGGGGGCUCCGGCCCCGAACCGGCAGAGCUGCGGCUGCUGAGACCCCCAAAAAAUCCC